CCUUUUUACAGGGUUUCCUUUUCUUUUCUUGCUAUUUUUAUCAGCUUUAUAUUACACAAAAAAGAAAAUUAUAUAAAAAUCUUUAGCAUGUCUUCAAUUGAAUUUUUGGAAUUAAAUUCAUGUACGUUUUCGGUGCUGGCUUGCAUUUUUCUAACGUGCUCAUAUGUCGCUAGUUUAUACGUUUGGAAGACCAAAUUGAGCAGAGACCAUCCUUCCACAAUAAAACGAAGGUUUUUCAGCGUAUCAUGCAUGAUGCUUCUGGCCCCUUUCUUCACUCAAUAUUUCUUCACUGAAAAUACUACAAUGCGCGGGGACGUAUACGACCACUUAGGGCUUCGUACUUCGGGGCUUAUCAGUGCCUCUAUUUUACCUUUGCUUUUAACAGCUAUUUUAUUUUUGGGACCUCUGACUAUGCAGUUUUUAUCAGGCAUCUGGAAACUGUAUGCAGAACCUGUGUACUGGGUAUCCAGUUGGCAGGACUGGGUUUGGGUGAGGAACCACUUCAUGGCACCACUCAGCGAAGAAUGGGUCUUCCGGGCCUGCAUGAUGCCACUAUUACUACAAUGCUUGGACCCUUUGACAGCAGUUUUCACAGGCCCGUUGCUAUUUGGUGUUGCUCACUUCCACCACAUGUUUGAGCAGCUUAAGGCCGGGUUUGAGUUUAAAACGGCACUAAUGAUCUCAACUUUUCAGUUCAUGUAUACAAGUUUGUUUGGGGCAUAUUCUGCAUACCUUUUUGUCAGAACUGGCCACUUCAUGGCCCCACUAGUCGCACACAUGUUCUGCAACCACAUGGGCUUCCCCAACUUCGGGGAGAUCGGCCAGUUCCCCCCUCUACAACGAAUCACGAUCAUCUUCAACUUCCUCUUAGGGUUCGUCUUAUGGUGCUACCUCCUCACGCCUAUGACCAGCCCCGAUAUCUACGACAAUAGAUUGUACUCUGAAACGUGAAUAGAUUGUAAUUCAUAAGUUGUCACAUCGCUCAUUCUCAAUUUCCGUAUUAGUAGGACAAGUAUACGUGUUUACAGAGAGGUG